AUCGAAACGGACCUGGUAGCAAAUAAAAUACAGCAGCCUACUUUUUUAAUGUAUGGACGUAGUGAUUAGAAACGGAUCACUGAUUUGCAAAUCUCUGAUUAUGAUUCGCGUCACGAGAUCAGAGAAUCAGCUCGGUAGCGAAUCUGAUGACGAGCCCGAACUUCAGGUGUUGGACAGCGGCAGACACAAAGCGGCACUUAGCCCGCACUUGGGCAAGCAGCGCAAACGUCGGCUUAAAUUUUUUGUCGUAUUCCAUGGCGACCGUGCCUCUCGCCGGCUGCCGCAUUCAGUACGCAUCAAAUGCCCGCGCGAUGACUCCUGGGGUAACGGCCUGUUCUUUCCUUUGUCCCUCGACGACGUAAACGCUUCUUUUCUUAGUUUUGCCGUAGGUCGAGACCACGCUUAGUCAAGGAGGCUUUCCUCAAACGCUAUGCCGAGAUUCAUCCGCAAACACCACUUCAGAUGGAAUCUACAUAUUUGGUGGACGCAUUUGGGACAUUAGUGGCAGACGAUGAUGAGCUGUCUCUAUAUGUGCAAUGUGAUGGUGUGCUACAUGUGAUGUUGGGUAAUGACAGAGAAAAAGAACCGCCAAACGCUGUCAUUCAAUGGGGAUAUGAUUCCCUACAAUCAACAGAGAUAAUCAAACCCCGGCUCAUUAACUCUGUCUUUCAAGCGCGAGUCGUCUCUGUCGAUUGUGGCUGGCUACACACAGCAGUUGCUCUUGAAUGUGGUGCCGCAUUAGCCUGGGGAAACAAUAAUUUUGGACAGUUGGGCACAGGCAAUGAAAUCAAAUCAGCAGAGCCAGUGCUUUGCAAGAUGAGUCGCGAAGUUCGACUUUGCAAAGUUGUCUGUGGUUCAUACUUCACCGUUGCUAUCGAUGACAAGGGUGAGCUUUGGUCAUGGGGCCGGUAUCAAUCAUCAAACUGGCCGGGGCUAUUCACGGAAACAUGGGCAAAUGGUUACGACAAACAAGGAGACAAGGGCAUAAAAGGUGAAAAGAUUCUGGCUGUUGCCGCUGGUGAAUCCCACGUUGCCUGUGCUAUGGCGAGCGGCAAGCUCUUCUCUUGGGGUUACAAUGAACAUUGGCAGCUUGGCUGGGGUCAAAACGAGGCAUAUCACCAUGGUCAGCAAAAGCCGCGAGAGGUAAAACUGCCAGGCCUCUCAACAAUUAAUCCCAUAUCUGCGCUCAGCUGCGGUGGCUUACACACAGCCGCUGCCCUCAGGGACGGGAAGCUUUUUGCCUGGGGCAGUAAUAGCGAGGGGCAGCUAGGCCAUGUUCUGCGAAAAUGUUUUGGCAGGCCCCAGGGAGUGACUUCUAUGGAGCACGAACAUUGUGCAUCAGUUGCAUGCGGUCGCUACUCAACACUCUGCACAACAGAGAGCCACUGCUCUUACUUUUGGGGCAGUUUAAUAGGCUCAAAAGACCCAGAGAUAUCAGUUUCUGAUCCGCUCCAGACUGAAACAGCGCAUUGUACAAACGAAGCCUCAGAAUGCAAGUUUUCUGGUGUCGCAACAUCACGAGUGCUCGCAGGCGCUGCCAAGCAGCUGUUGGGCACUGAAGUAAAUUUCGGUACUGUUGGCGAAGCUCAUGGAAUUCUUCUGCUCAGAAAUGGCAUGGUACGCGGCUGGGGCUAUAAUGCAUAUGGUCAAGCGCUAGGUCACGUCAAUAAUAAAACCGACAUCGUUGACGAGCCAACACAAUGUGAUCUUGGAGACACGUACAAUCCAUCCUCGGAGGCGAAGAUACUCAAGAUGUGUACCUCCGGUGGUAUGUCCACUUUCCUUGUCUCUAGCACAGCCUCCGGUGCGCUAAGCUAAAUAAAUGUAUGUGAGGCUGGGUGCUUUCCAAAACAAACAAAUCCCCAAAUGGGCAUUGAAAUCAGAAAGUAUGCUACACGGCCCCACUGGACCUACUUGGCCACUGGACGUCCAAAAGAGCCCGGAAGAACCCAGCAGAAGUAGGACUACGUUUACUUGACGUUGACAUGGGGGAAGUUGAAGCUGGGAUACUAGGGGGAGGGCCGGCCAGACUCUCGGAGGGCCUGCUGCCUGAGCGCCGAUAGCUGCGCCGAUAUGGGAUCGCGGCGGUGAAAUGGCCACAUCGCAAAUUAACAGCCCCUGGCGCCACCAGGGUAGAUGCGGGCUGGUGCGGGUAAAUGCGGGUUGUAAGUAACCUGUUAAUAACCCUCGGAGGGGAUUCGGAGUUAAUAACCCGGUCGGUCAUAACACGUGUGACGGUAGCUGACUCCCUGAAGGGGGUCGGACUUGGGGUCACAGACUGCUAUUUGAAAAACGGGCAAGGGCACUCGCUGGUCUGGGACGCAUCUCCGGGAGCGAACGAUAAGAUUAGCUCGAACUCCAGUCUAAACAAGGACGCGGACCCAAAAUUUAAGAUUCGAGUUCCCAGCCACUUUUCCGGGGGCGAAUUUUGAUCCCGAGACCGGGCUGGUGGAAAGGGGUCACUCGGGUACUUAUGUCGUGGCGUUGAGCCAGUUU